GGCGCAAAUGCAUCCAAUCUCCAUGGGUUGCUGGGAGAACGAGCCUGCAAGGGUUUGGUCUCGUGAGAGGCCACCGUAUUCGUGAGAAUCGGGAAGGUACGACGCCUCCGAUAUUGCGUUCUCCGCAAUAGUUGCCCCGUACCACCCGCCCCGAGAGUACGCUCUCACAGCUCCACCGUCUGGUCUCCUUUCGAAGCGAAACCUGCAGUGGUCGUGCAGUGAUCGUGACUUGCAGCAUCUCAGCGCCCUCGUAUCUACUCCGCUCCGCAUUCUCAAGGCCUCCUCGUCCGUGUCCGAGAGUGAAACACCAGACGUCAUCGGCGCAUCUGAAGCCAUACAUCCUUCCUACAAGCCAAUCACGACCACGCGGCGUCAACACGAAACCCGCCCUAGUAAGGCUAAGCAUUGUUGCCUGACCAUACAAACGUACAUGUGAACAGUUGUUUCCAUCAAACAUCCUGCUUCUUCAAGGUACUGAAGAUGGCAUCCGCGGACGACUUCACCUUCAUCGACAAUGAUGGGUUGCAUAACCCACCACAAAUCUUUCCCGACUUCCAGCAAUUGCUGAACGGCAAAGGCUUUGACCCGGACGUGCAACUUGUCACCGCGCUGCGAGAGAAGCACCCAGAAUUGAUUGUUACGAGCGUGCCUGCCACCAACAUCAACCUCCUUCAGUUUGCCGCCGCAGGUUAUGCUCAAGCUGAGCUGGACGAAGAUACCGAGCCCGUCAUCCGAUGGAGGGGGUUUGUAGGGCCCGGUCACAGGGGUGGUUCAGGUCACCUUGCAGACGCUGUCUUCUACGGAAGAUACAACUACACCUGGAACAAUGAGCGCUUCAUAGUGUACACGGUUAUAAUAGGAUUAUCAUCCAUGCAGUAUAUUCUGAAGGAACCGCAGGGUAACGAGACCACGACGUCGCACUCGUCGGUGGUGGAUCGACUCCUGGCUACGGUGGGUGCAUGGCUGACCAAGGAAGAACCGGCCAUCUACAUCUAUGAUAGUGGCUGGAUGAGAUCCACCAAGCUUUGGGAAGAAGUAAAAAAGGCGAAGUGGGAAGACGUCAUCCUCGACCCCAAAAUGAAGAAGGCGUUGACCGAAGUCGCGAACAAGUUCUUCGAUAACGAGGAAAUCUACCGCGAGUACGGCGUCCCGUGGAAACGUGGUCUUAUUUUCCACGGCCCCGUGGGCAACGGCAAGACCAUCUCUUUGAAAGCUCUGAUGCAUACCGUCCAGGAGCGCAAAAAGCCAGUGGUCACAUUGUACGUAAAGAGCGCCCCGUACCCCUGGAACAUUAGGCAGGUCUUUCAGAUGGCGAGGUCCAUGACGCCCUGUAUGUUGGUUCUCGAAGAUAUCGAUACGAUUGUGACCAAGCAAACGAGAAGCUACUUCUUCAACGAAGUGGACGGACUGGAGAACAAUGACGGCAUGCUCAUGAUCGCGACAACGAAUCAUCUGGACGAGCUCGACCCUGGUCUAUCCAAGCGACCGUCGCGGUUUGACCGCAAAUAUCUCUUCCCUCUGCCGAGCAAGGGUGAAAGGGCUCAGUAUGCGCAAUACUGGAGACACAAGUUGAAGAACAAGAAAAGCAUAGAUUUCCCUAGCAAAUUGUGUGAUGCAGUCGCGGACAUCACCGAAGAUUUCUCCUUUGCAUACUUAAAGGAAGCUUUCGUAGCAACUCUCCUUGACUUGGCGCGCGCCCACGACGGCGACGGCGAGGACGAAGACUCGGCCAGCAAAGAAGACGACCCCCUUGACAAGUACGAAUUCUGGCGUGCCUUCAAAGCGCAAGUCAAGAUUCUCCGCCGCGAAAUGGGCAGCGAUGAAGGGAGGGGUGACGAUGAUGGUGAUGGCGACCACGUUGAUCCCCAACCCCGUAUUACUGUUGCGGGAAUUUCUGGUACUGAAUACGUGGGCAUGUCGCCCACUACCGAAUACGAGAGAAUGAUGCCCAUGUUCAGAAAGAUGAGGCUGCAGGGCAGUUCACACAAGGCAGCCUCGCCGCAGGGUGCAGCUGGCUCGCAGCCGGGGCGUCAGAGCGCGCCGUCGGCACGAAGCCCUAUUGAUGCGUUUGCCCCGCUUGCAGAAAACAGGUCGAAGAGUGUGUGGGAUUUGUGAGUGGGGCGUGUCGUUAACGCAUGCAUUUGACCCGAGGUUCAGAUAGCUGGGUAGAUAGGUAAGCGUGCUGCGCAGUGGGCGAUU